CUCUCGUUGUUUGUUUACAACCUGGGAACUUCCUGCUUGCUAUUAGCUUUGUUCGUAGUAAGCUAACUCGGUGAUUAGCUAGCUACACUUUACAAGUCAGCUUACAAGAUGGGAUGUGACGGAGGCACGAUUCCUAAAAGACAUGAGUUGGUGAAAGCCCCCAAAAAAGUCGAGAAGGUUGAUAAAAAUGCAGAGUUGGCUGCCCAGUGGAAAUACUGUGCCUUGAGCCAGGAGAAACUCAGACGCCCCAUUGUUGCCUGUGAACUGGGAAGGCUCUUUAACAAAGAUGCUAUCAUUGAAUAUCUUCUGGAUAAGACUGCUGAGAGACCCAAUACUCAGACUGUAGCUCACAUCCGUGGGAUCAAGGAUAUAAAGGAACUGAACUUGACUGAUAACCCUGAGUGGGAGGGAGAGAGAAGGAAUACUAAAGGAGACCGAUAUGAGGACUUCAACUGCGGCAUGUUCAUUUGCCCUGUUGUUGGGUUGGAGAUGAAUGGCAAGCACAGGUUCUGUUACCUGCAGACCUGUGGCUGCGUCUUUUCUGACAGGGCCCUGAAGGAGAUCAAGACCGAUAUCUGCCACAAGUGUGGGGACGCCUUUAAAAAUGAGGAUGUCGUUGUGCUCAAUGGCACUAAGGAGGAGGUUGAGAAGCUGAGGGAGAAGAUGGAAGAGAGGCGGACCAAAGCCAAAACUAAGAAAUCAAAGAAGAGCAAAGCAGCUGAAGCUGUGUCCACACCAUCAGAAUCAAAAGAUGACACACAAGCUCCACAAGUGGAUGUAACUGAGAUCUCGCUACAAAAUGGUGGUGAAAGCAGCCAGUCAGCUGUGGCCGGAUCCUCCAGCUCCUCUAAAGGCACAAAGUCUUCAACUUCCUCCGCCACCAAAAGGUCCGUCCAGGAAAUGACAGAGAAGUCGGAGGUCUUCAAAUCCCUGUUCACCAGCCACAGCUCUGCCAAGCGCACUAAAGAUCAGACAUCCAACUGGGUCACCCACACCCCGUAUCACUUCUAGUAACUGUCACUCAGAGCAAAUAACACCAUUUUUAGAUUGCUCCAGAAAUUGUGACCCAUUAAAGACCCAUUACUGAUAAAACCUAGUUCUACAUACCCAGCUCCAACACACAUAUAGACGCACACACAUUGCCUACAUGACCUUUAAUUAUGUCACCAAUGUGUGGACUCCCAAUACGUCUCUUCAGUCCCCUGUAGCUCAGUGUUUACAUGUUGUGAACAUUUUGUUAAUGGCUCCCCAAGCUGUUCAGACUCUUUGUUUUAUAACCUUCCUCCCACAUGUAUUCCCUAGCAUCUCUGUGUUCUCAGUCACAGGUGCACUGAGAGUUGAUGCUCGGGUGACUUUAUUAUCUCUGUCACUCUGCUGUCUCCUAGUGGACACAGUGUAGCUUUUCAAAGUGAUCUAUACAUGGUUGGAAAAGUAGUGUCAGACCAAAUAUAGGGUUGAUUUCACUCUUUUUUUUUUCGCAAAAGAUCUACAUCUAUAAAGUGUGGUCAGUAAUUAUUUUUAAUGAAUGAAAACCGAUCAUUGACACACA